AUGGCUAUGAAAGUGAAAAGGUUCAAUAGAACUGAACGAGUCAUUGGGACAACAUGCAUCUAUUGGCUCCAAGGAAGAUGCAACAGAAACCCGUGUAAGUUUCUGCACAGUGAAACACCAUCAAUUCUGUCAACUGGUUCUUGUAGAGAUGAUACUGCAUCAUAUCAUAAUGCAAGGAAGCGUUGUCAUAUAUCGUCUGAGUCUGCGAAAACGAAAACUGUCACAAUUAGAAAAACAAGAAAUGACAUGUUGCCUCCCAAGCAUACUACUAAGAAGGUCUUGAAUAGAAAUAUGGGAGAUGACAGAGAAAGGACACAAGUUCCUGAAAAGCAUACUACUAAGAAGGUCUUGAUUAGAAAUAUGGGAGAUGACAGAGAAAGGACACAAGUUCCUCAAAAGCAUACUACUAAGAAGGUCUUGAAUAGAAAUAUGGGAGAUGACAGAGAAAGGACACAAGUUCCUCAAAAGCCUUCAAUAAGUAUCUGCAAAUAUUGGAUGAAUGACAACUGUGUUCAUGGUGAUCAGUGCCGGAAUUUACAUUCAUGGUCUUAUGGCGAUGGGUUUGCCACACUUGCAAAGCUUCAAGGACACAAGAAGCUUGUCACCGGAAUUGCACUUCCAAAUGGAUCAGACAAACUUUAUUCUGGCAGCACUGACGGGACACUUCGGUCAUGGGACUGCCAUACCGGUCAAUGUGCCAAUGUGAUGAAUCUUGGUGCCGAAGCUACCUCUUUGAUUAGUGAAGGCCCAUGGAUUUUUGUUGGUCUUCCUAACACUGUCAAGGCCUGGAAUACUCAGACUGCUUCACAGUUUACACUUGAUGGACCUAAGGGACGAGUACUUGCCAUGACUGUUGGCAACGAUACACUCUUAGCUGGAGCAGAGGAUGGUGUAAUUUCUGCAUGGAAAGGCAGCUCUAAAUCCAAUUCCCCUUUUGAACUGGUUGCAUCCCUACGCGGUCACACUAAAUCUGUAGUUUGCCUGACUGUUGGGGUUUUCAAGAUGCUGUAUUCAGGAUCCAAGGAUCAAAGCAUUAAGGUUUGGGACCUAGACACAUUUGAAUGUAAAAUGACACUCAAUGCGCAUACAGACGAAGUCACAUCCCUUCUUUGUUGGGACAAUUUCUUGUUAUCCGGUUCAUCAGACUGCACUAUCAAGGUCUGGUAUAAAACUGUGGCAGAAACUUUGGAAGUUGCAUAUUCACACAAAUUAGAAAAUGGUGUGGUUGCACUCUCUGGGAUGACUGAUCCAAAAAAUAAGCCUAUAUUGUUCUGCUCUACUAGAGACAAUUCAGUUCGCCUUUAUGAACUGCCAUCAUUUGCUGAGAGGGGUAGAUUGUUUGCUAAGCAAGAAGUUGGAUUAAUCGAUAUUGCUCCUGGUGGACUCUUCUUCACCGGAGACAGAACUGGACUGCUGACUGUCUGGAAAUGGUUGGAAGAGCCCAAGGUUGCAGUUGCAGCAUCCUCUUGA